AAUUAUAUAGACCUCGUGGUUUCAUUAUAUAGAUUUGGAAGCCUUGUGGUUUAUUUAUAUGAGGGAUGAGUCGGGUUCGGUGCGAGGCCGAUUUGGAGAGCGCGCGCAAGAAGCCGCGGCAGGACGCGAAUGAUGUGCUGAUCGUCCCGUUCGGGCCGAUGUCUGUGGAGGCAGGCGAGGCGGCUGAAGCGCAGCGAUCGGAGCGCGCCAAGGCCGACGCACUGCUGGGCGCCAACAUGCUGCUGCCGCCGUAUCAGGGCCGGCUGGUGGUCGGGAGCACGAGCGUGAUCGCGCGCACGAUGGCGCAUCUGCGCGCGCGGUACGCCUUUGUUCCGAUCCCGGGGCAGACCAAGCUUCGCAAGGUGUACGCGUGCGAGACUCCGGCCUGCAACGCUCGUAUGGAGUGGGUUGCCAAGGAUGCUACCGCCAAGGCCUGGCUCGUUUUGCAUAGCCCGCACAGCCAUGCGGCAGCCGCGCCGACGCCUACGGCGACACCCGGCCAGCUGACAAGGCAAGCGCUGCGCAACAAGAACUUCUGUAUCGCCAAGACUUGGGUGGAGACGUUCAAGCGUACACUGGUCGCCGCUGAGCUGAGGAGGGAGGGGCAGUGGUGCAAGCUGCGCCCGGAUCUGGACGCGCUCGGCGUGAAGCUCGACGCCAACGGCAUCGUCACGCACCUCAAGUACGCCCUCGCGCCGCCCAAGCCGCCCAGCGCGCACCUCGUGGAGGUGAUGCAGGCGGGUGCCAUCCGUGACAUCCUGAUGGGCAUGGGCUGGGCCGCGCUGCCGGAGCAGCAGGUUCGGGUGUUCGACAUUGACCUUGCCGCUGCGGAUGCGCUCGCGCUGGAGGCCCUGCAAGGGUGGGCACGCAUAGCGGGGGUGGCGCUGCAAGGCGAAGGCCAGAAGCUGGUGCGGCGCCAGCAGGGGCUUAGCACCGGCGGCGACAAAACCUCGUGGUACCAGCAGUGGUUCGCGGAGUGCCCGUUCGGCCUGCUGGAUGUCACCGGGCAGGACGUGCUGGUCUGUGCCGUGCGGCGCACAGCAGAUGGUGGGCUGCAACGCGCGCCGCUCGUCUCUGUAGGGCAGGUGUCGGGCGAGGCGAGGCGCGCUCUGCGCAACAAGGUGGCGCGCACGUGUCAAGAGGUCCACAAUGGCGACGCCUGGGCUCACAUCGACAAGCACUACGACGGCAACUUCUGGAUGGCGGGGCUGGCGUCGCCUGCUCGCGUGGGACACAUCAUCUGCAGGUACGUCAACCAGAUCAUCUACGAGUGCGAGGCGGAGCAUUAUCCAUUCGGCAUCGAGGAGGCGCUGGAGGAGAUGUGUACGGCGGUGUGGGAGGCGGCGGUGCAGAUUGCGCCGUACCUGACCAAGUACAGGGACGAGUUCUUGUCUGCCUGGGGGCGCCAGGCGAUGUACGGCGACACGGCAACUAACCUCGUGAGCAUGACCAAGAACUGCGCGGUGUCGUUGCACUUCGACACGACGGACGGGCCGUACAGCAUCAUGCUGUGGCGCCACAACGGUGCCGGCAGCCUGGACGGCGGGCAUUUCUUGAUGCCUGGCGCCUCCAUCAAGGUGCUGCCGACCGACAUGACGAUCGUGGUGCUGGCUGCUGGCAUGGUCACGCAUGGGACGGCGCCCGUGCUGGAGUCCACUGGCGAAGCGCGGCGGUACGGCUACUCGCAUUUCCUGCGUGUGCCGGCCAUGGAGCGUGUGGCGCGGCUGAUCAAGGCAUCUGGCGGAAAGAAGAAGAUGGAGGAGCUGCAGGUGCAGGGCAUGAAGCGCGUGUUGGCUGCACGUACAGCGGCGGAUCGGAAGGCGCGGCGGGAUGAAAUCCAGAAGCAGCGGGACGAGCUCCUGAAGAGCGCGCUGGACGGCGAGGCGCUGCCAGAGGGCGAGCAUUUAGCGUUUGCUGUGCGAGGGUUGAAGUGGCACCGGGACAUUGUGAAGUGCCUGGUAUGGCAGGACUUCAAGGGCAAGUCCUGAGACCUCUAGCAGGAGGAGCGGGUGGGUAGUAGUGGUUCGUGUAGAGGCGUGUUGGGCUGUGUAGGUGAGAGCUCAUGGGAGUACACAACGCAGAUAGAGCAAGAACAGCGGGAGUUUCUUAGGCAGCGCCAACAGGUGCGAACGCUGCUGGGGAGUUGGUGUGUUGCAGUGGGAGUUGGGCCAUGCACGUGAGACAGCGAGUGGCUGUACAGGUGUUCGCAUUUGCAGGUUAAAAGAACCGUGCCAUUCGUGUCAAGCAAGUGCAUGGAGUGGGUGGGUGAUGAACUGGAUUGUGGGGUAGAGCUGUGGGCGGGGGCAUGCGUUGGGGAAUCGGUUUUUCUGUGAGGGCGUGUGGGUGCGCUAAGGGCAAGGUAACAAGACAGCGUGGCUGUAGUCAGUUAGCAGUGUAGGGUUGCGGUUGGGGCCGGGCUGCAGCGGAAGUAGAAGUAGGGAUAGCUGCUUAUUGUGGCAAAGAUGCGCGGGAUGUCGUGCUGGCGAAAGCUUGCAAAGGUAGUGGGGUGCUGGAUGAGGCGCAUGAGGCGCAGUGGUGCAUUGGCUGCGGUGCUGGAAUGGACAGGAGGCAGCGAGGGCAAUGACAUGAGAUGAGCGGUUGUAUACAAUGAAGGUGUGCAGAAGUCGCAACGUUGGCAAUGUGCAACAUCAAUGUGUUUGUCGUGGUAUCAUAAGCAGAA